CGAGAGCUUCGCGCGCGUUUCCGUGCUGUCUAGAGCAGAAAAUCAAUUCCAUCAAUUCUUUUGAAGAUGGCUGAUACAGGAGAUCCUAUGGUUACUUGUCCAUUGGACAAAAGUCAUCAUAUUCUCAAGAGUCGAUUGAUAUUUCAUCUGGUGAGGUGCAAGAAAAAUCACGACUUGAGUGGAAAAGCGACGUGCGUAUUUAAUAGCACUCAUAUUGUUGACAAGGAUGAAUUAAAGAUCCAUCAUCUCACAUGCCUUGACCGCCGCGAGAUGCAAGAGUUCCGAUAUGAAUCAGAUGAGGCUGAUCAAAAGCAAUGGGAAGGCAUUAUUACAUUGCAAGAUGUGGUAAAAGUCCAUGAAGAAUCGUCUACUUAUGGAGAAAGCUGGGAUGAUGAUCCUGUUGUAGGAACAUACGACCCCUACAAAGCCAAUGAGAACAAGGAUGUCUUAAAUACUCUCAUGGUUGCAUCAAAGUCAGAGAAAAAAGCAUGGAGAAAAUACCAGAGACAAAAAAUGGCGCAGUUCGAAAGUUCUCAAUACUCUGAAGUCAAUACUCCGAAAGAAGUCCAGACGAAGGCAUCGUUGGAACCCCUCCGUUCUCCCAAAGCUGUCACAUCAAUCUCCAUGCAAGACAAUGGCAAAUCCGUGGAUCAGCUCGAGAAGAAGACUCAGAGUACUGCUACAGUUGCGGAUCAGCUCAUAAAGAAUUUAACGCUCUUGAACAUUUCCGACAACCCAGGGAAGACUGAAGAUUUUCCAGCUCUCCAACCACCCAAAAGCUUUUCUAGUGCUGUAAAGGAAAGUAAACUUCCUGGGAAACGGCAAGCAUCGAAAAAGACCAAUUGUAAAUAAGACAAUUUCUAAUUAAAUUGUGACAUAAACUUAGUACGAGAGUGGAAAAAUCCGGCGAAUCUAAACUCUUUAGUGACUAGGUGAUCAUUCGUAAAGUAAGCAGAAACAUUUUUUUUCCAUCACCCACAACCGAGAUAAUUUAAUAAUAUUUUAUAUCGACUAGAUUCUUUCUACUACUUCGCCAUAGUAUGACGGAGUUUCAAAUAUCUGUUACUGGCAUGGAAUUAUUUAAAAAUGACGGGAGCUACAAUAAUUUUGAAUGAUCAAAGUUUACAUAAGAAUGGAAGAAACAUUUACUAAUUAAGAAUUUAAAUGACUGGAC